UUUGAGAUGCUUCAAGUAGUAAGUCAUCUGAAGCGAUAACCCGCGGAGGCGGCGGCACUGGGGUGCCCGGCAGCGGUUUCUAACCUUUGAGGGCCUGAGGCGGUAGGGUUUUAGGGUGUAGCCCCAAGAGUAGAUGACUGAGCGUUGGAGGAUGAGAGAGAGGGGGGCCUGGUUCUCUUGCAAGGAGGGCUUUGUACAGGUGAAGGCACGGCUGGAGGGAGUUGAGGAGUGGAUAAGGGUGAUAAGCAAAUGCCGGGCAGCCCUCUUUCAAACGUAGCAGGCUGAAAUGAACGAGACGCAGGGCGACGCCAAGAAUAGAGCUAUAAAGAAGGUCGAGGAAAAGAGAGGAGAAGACCCUCCGAGUAUCAAAUUCCAGGUUCACCAGUGCCCUGCGAAGUUGACGAAAUCGUAUUGCUCUUGUAACUAAGAGUUCGUACAAGUGAAGAAGGGACAUGCUGGAACUGCAAAAAAAUUGAAGAGCAUUUUUAUUGGGAUCAUCUGGAGGAGACGAGUCUUCGCUUUAUGAAGGUUAUGGAAGGAAAAUUUUCCCAUGAGAUGGUAUGCUUUAGAAAUUAAGAACAAGCUAUUGUAUGUUUUUUCCUUUUGGUUGAAAGACACUUGAAUGUUGAGAAAUAGUUGCACAUCUAUAAUAAAAUAUAGAAGUUGAAUUCCUUACAAAAAAACUUCAAAGACCCAACUGGAUUGCGGGAAGGACAAAUGUGUUAAAACAGUCAUUUUUUUAUUUAAAAUAUAAUUAUUAAAAACCGUCAGAAAAUCCGUCAAAAAUUUAUCAGAAAAUUAGUUGAAAAUAUUUCAUCUUGAUAUGUCGGAAAACUGCCGAAAACUAGUCCGCCAGAAAACUGCUGGAAAAAUCCUAUGCUAAACGAGGAUUCUCUUAUAGUGUGAAAACCAUUUGGGACUUGAGAGCUUGUCUCCUUGUGGCUAACUAUGAUUUAGCAUCCGCUAACUAACGUUUGGUCUGAAUCUUGUUAAUCUGCUGUUCCUCGACUCCUUUUGGAGAUGUGACUUGACUUGGGAUUGAUUUUGUUGUUACCUUCCUUAGGACGUAAUCUAAGGUUACUUUCUUAAUAAUCUCUUCUAUGGAAUUGUUAUAUUGAUAUUUGACUCUCUUUGCUACAAAUUUGGCUCUAAUUUUACUAACAAUAAGCCGAUUAAUGAACCAACUGCAAUAAAGAACUUCCAAGCCACUUGUCAAUUUCCUCGUUUUAAUUUACAAGAUUUAUUCUUGAAUAGAAUUGGCAAAUAAGAACGAGGCAAUGGCAAAUCAGAGCAAGCAAAUGGCAUUUAUUCAACUCAAAACAAUUAAUAUUUUUUACUUCUCAAAUAUUUCAAAGCUAUGAAAAAUAUUAUUCAAAAUUUUUUUUUUAAAAAAUUUUCUAGCUGGUGACUAAGACAGUCACAAUAAGUCAUAUCCCUUAGAUUUUUUAGUCAGUACUUGGAUUGUGUUGAAGUAAAUUGUGGUGAAGUCUGUAUAUUCACCAGUACUGGGCCAUCUGGAUUUUUUCUUCUUAAAUAAAUUAAAUGUUCAGAAUGUAGACUUCAGAUGUUAGUUUCGAAAAAAAAAAUAAAGAAAAAAACAGAGAUAAAUGCAAUGAAUUUUGCUUGUCAAAGUAAAAUUUUCUUGUCAGUGAAAUGACAAAACUUCGAAGCUCAAGACUUUUUUUUUUUUGAAACUCACAAUAAGAGACUUAUUACGCAUAAUUAAAGCAUAUAUAUCAACCCUUCCCAAGCUUUUAAAUUCGAAUUGCAGGUCCACCACUAACCUUGGAGGUUGACGAACUGGUACUGUUUUUUUAAGAGAAAAUAAAAGAGAUAUGGAGAUAAGGGGAUGCUGGAACUGUAAGAAAUUUGAAGAGCAUUAUUAUUGGAACCAUCUGGAGGAGACAAGUCUUUGCUUUAUGAAGCUUAUGGAAGGAGAUUUCUCUCUAGUCAUGGAGUUUCCAAAUAAAUUUGCAUGGAAAUUCAGAGUCGAUCUACCUGAUUUGAUCACUUUAAAAGUUUCAAAUGGAGAUUUGUGGAAAAUUUGCUUGUUUAAGGAAGAAAAUCACUUCUAUCUUAAAGAUGGUUGGAAAGAGUUUAUUGUUGCCAACGGUAUAAAGGAACAUUAUUCUCUAUUUUUCAAGUAUGCUGGGAAUUCAACCUUUACUGUUAAAAUUUUUGACCAAACUGGCUGUUUUAGAGAUACUACUAACUUCACUAGAUACAAUAAGAAUAAAGCUUACAAGGUUUACCAAAGGAGGCAUAGAAUGGAUGUGGCAGCACCAAAUUUGAAAAGGUCUCGAUCUUCCACAUUCAAAAUCUAUCAUUCUUCAAGCCUAGCUUACUAUGAUUAUAAGCCGGAGCAAGAGAUACCAAACAACAAUUCUUCAGAUGGAAGCUUUUCUGAUGAAGUAUCUUAUUGUAAGAGAAAACAUAGAGAAAGAUCAGAUCAAGAUGUCAAGCCCUCCCAAAUUUGUCAAGGCUUUGAUAAAAAACAUAUCAGUUUGUAUGGCCGUUUAAAGUCAAAAACAAAAGAAGGGAGGGAAAAUUCUGAAGACGCAGUCAAGAAGCUUAAGCCUUUCUAUGUAAACGAAACAGCUGAUUCUUCCUUUGCCAAAGUACUGAUGAAAAGCCACCUCUGUGGACAAUCUUUUAUGGCAAUUCCAGCUCGCUUUGUAUCUGACCAUUUUCAUGCAAAACCCAAGAAGAUCAUUCUUUGUAAACAAAAGCAAAAGCAGUGGAUUGUGAGCUGCAAAUGCAUCAAUAACUCUUUUGGGUUUGGGGGGAAAUCAUGGCUUCAUUUUGUCCAAGACAACGAGCUCAAGGAGGGUGAUGUGUUGUUUUGCAAGCUUGUCAAUAGCAGUAAAGGAGUCAUGGAUGUGCGCAUUGUUUGAGCUGUACAAACUAAUUCUAUGUGAAAUUCCUCCUGGCUAUUUUAGAAAGUUAAAAUCUUUUUGUGAAAGGAUUUAUCAGGUAUUAAUUCAGAGACAUAUUCAUCUUUUUAA